GUGUGGUCAUCAGUUCUUGGGAGUGGCCAGAGGAGCUCCGUAUCUGUCCAGCCAACGGGCGGAGCUCUAGCGCUAGCGCUUUCUGCGUGAAAAAUCCUCGGGCUCUAAGUAUCGGCGGUGGUAGUGUCUAGAGGACUGCGAGGUGGCAGGCCGGUUCCCGAAAGCCCGGACUCUGCUUUCCACGCACGGUCCGGUAGCUCGACAUUCCCUCGGCACCUGACUCCGGGGACCGCCCCACGGCUCAGAGGAGGCAGACGCAGGGGAACCGAGGGCUAACCUCAGCCUCGAUGACUUACCGCCUUUCUUCUGGCAGAGGUCCACAUUUGAAACCGCUUUAGCAGAUAUCUUUGGUGCGUGGGCCGGUGCCACCCUUCAGUCUCAGGGCGGACUUUGUAAAGAACCGUAGAAAAUUUGGUGGACAGGCACAAUGGAAGUUCAAAGGCUACUCAUCUUACCCCUGCUUCUUCUGGCUACCCUCUGUUCUACAGGUGUUAGCCUCAAAUGCUACAGCUGUUUAGACCCAGUUGCCUCAUGCAGAACGAAUGCCACUUGUUCAGUUAACGUGGAUUCCUGUCUGGUAGCUGUAUCAGGAAGACAAAUCUAUCAACAGUGUUGGAAAUUUUCAGAGUGCGAUGCCAAGACCCUUUUGCACAAAUUAGGCCUGGCAAGUGUAGAAUACAGAUGCUGCCAGGUGGACCUAUGUAACAAAAAUCUCAAAGGAGGAGGAAAUGAAGGAGGAAAUGGCGAGGGUUCAAAAGCCACCUCCUUAUCCGGGAAGACUGUGUUGCUGGGGACCUCAGUUCUGGCAGCCAUCUGGAAGCUGUGUCUCUAAUUUACCACUGAGUCCCAGAGUGCCUCUGUUCUCUGUCUUUUUUGCUGCUACUGCUGCUGCUGCUGCUGCUGCAGCACUUCAAAGCUGUUAUUAUUUUCUGUUAUAUCCUUUUGGGAAAGAAUAAAGUUUAUUUGAACACCAUG